GUCCCUGUAGCUCUGCCUCGACUCCAACAUGGGUUUGAGUGGAAGGAAAGUCAAACAAAGAAUCGGCAACGAUCCCAGGAACUUGUCUUGGGCUGAUGGUACGCCCCGCCAAACAAUUUUAUCUUUUCCUGUCCUCAUAUACUCUACGCACCUUGUCCACAAUUCCAACGUGCCUUUACUUUGCGAAACGAUACUGCAGAUGCUGCGCGAUUCGGAUCCAAUUACCUCUCCAGAUUCGGGUGGGAUGCAUCCAAAGGGCUUGGAGCAGAAGGCGAAGGCCGGACCUCUCACCUCAAAGUAGCCCAAAAGCUAGAUAUGCUGGGUAUCGGAGCUGCUCAUCAAAAAGAUCCCAAUGGGAUUGCGUGGAAGCAGAAUAGGGAUUUCGAGAAUUUGUUGAAGAGGUUGAAUGCGGCUGGUGGGGAGGGUGGUGCAGAGGUUGAGGUCAAGACAGAGGUUAGUGGGUUUGUGAGCUCGACGAAGGAAGUUCAGGUUGAGGUGAAGAAAGAGGAGAAAGAGAAGGAGGACGAAAUGGAUGUCGAUGAAAAGAAGGAGAGGAAGAAGGAGAAGAAAGAAAAGAAGGACAAGGAGAAAAAGAAGGACAAGGACAAGGAGGGAAAGAGGAAACGGUCUGAAGUCGACGGCGACGAAGAAUCUGGUUCCCAGAAAAAGAUGAAAACUGAGGAAGCAAGUCCUACACCUCAGUCCUCAGACUCUACACCCUCUGAACAGCCCAAAAAGGCGUUUGUACCGCGACAUCGAGCUCACCGAGCACGCGCCAUUGCAGCUAAAUCCAUCUCCAUGAAAUCUUCCACUCACAUCUCGGAAAUUCUGGGCAUUGCUCCAGAAUCCUCUACCACCUCUGCCGCAGCUUCAGGCUCCAUCUCACCCGCACCUCCGGACCAAGGAAAACUCACCGUCAUCUCCGAGGACGUUCCCGAACUCGAAAAAAUCACCACAUCUACAAAGAGUGUGGCUGAUUACUUCAAGGAACGGUUACUUGCCAAGGCCAAUGCGAAAGCCCAGUCGUCCGGGUCGAGUGCUUCCACUCCUCAACCCAGUGCGACCAAGGAUGAGGAGAUGGACGAGGCGGAGGAGAAACCUAGAGGUGGACUAGGUUUUGCGAGGGUGCAGUGGGAGAGCCAGGAAUCGACCAGUGUACAGAGUGAUACCCUUCGGAUGGGACUUUCCAAGUUUUCAUCGUUGAUGUCUUCGACAUUCCUUUCCAGCACUUUCUCAUCGUCCACAUCGGAAUCGACAUCGCCUGCGACUGAGGAGAAGAAAGAAACGGGAGAGGAGGAUGAGAAAGAGACGGAGGAACAGAGAAAAGAGCGCAAGAGGCUGAAGAAAGAGGAGAAGGCGAGGAAGAAGGCUGAAAAGGAAAAGCGGAAAGCUGCCAAGGCAGAAGCUGCUACCUCGGAAGCAAAGGGCGGGGACGCUGAAGACGCAGGGAAAGAGAGAGAGAAAGAGUCGAAGAAAAAGAAGAAAAGCAAAAAAGAGAAAAAGACAUAG